CUACCCUUCCUUUUCCGGUUCGACUUUCGACCUUUCGACGCGUUCCCCAAUCCAGCUGAAAUCAAUCCCUGAUCCCCAAUCCCCGUCCACCCUCCCAACAAACCCUAACUCUACCCCUCAACCGAGCGCAACCGGCGGCGAUCCAAGAUGCCGGCGACGGCGGGGCGCGUCCGCAUGCCCGCAAACAACCGCGUGCACAGCAGCGCGGCGUUGCAGACUCACGGCAUCUGGCAGAGCGCCAUCGGAUACGACCCCUACGCGCCCGAGAACGACAAGCAACAGCCGGGGCGGCCUUCGUCCUCCGUCUCCGCCAACGCCGCCGCCGCAGCUGCCAACGACGCCAACGCAGCCGCCAGCGCCGCCGCAGCUUCCGGAUCCGGCUCGGGCGAUGGCAACGCCUACACCAGCUUCCAGGGCCUUCUCGCGCUCGCCCGCAUCACAGGCUCCAACUCCGAUGAGACACGCGGCGCCUGCAAGAAGUGCGGCCGCGUUGGCCACCUCACUUUCCAGUGCCGCAACUUCCUCUCCGUCAAGGACCUGGACCUGGACGACGCCGACGCCCAGGCCGCUGCACAGGCGGCCGCGCAAGCCAAGUUCGACGAGAUAAAAAAGAAAGCUGCUGCCGGUGGGGAUGCAGAUGAUGCUUCUGAUGAUGUGGAAGAGGACGAGGACAGCGAUUCCUCUGAUUCAGACAUCGACCCUGAGCUGGAGAAGAUAAUUGCUCAGCGCGAGCGCUCCAGGAAUGGAGCAAGGUGGCCCAGGAAGGAAAAGAAGUCGUCCAGCCACCACCAUAGGAACAGCAGCAGCAAGAGAAAAUCAAAGCACACAAGGAGUAGGAGUGAUGAUAGUGAGGAGGAUGAAGGCAGAAGAGGCCGGGACAGGAAGAAGAUGUCCGGCAGAUCGAAGAAGCAUGAAAGAUCUGAUGAGGCUAGCAGCGAUGACACUGAUUCAGAUAGACAGAGGCACAGGAAGAGCAGGAAGGACAGGAAGAGGAGGAGCCACCGCAGGAGUGACGACACGUUGGAUGAGAAGGAUGUAUCUGGAGGUGAAGAAAGGAGGCAUCAACGUCACCAGCGGAGCCAUCACUGGAGGGAUGCAUCUGACUGUGACAAUGGUGACAGUGAUUCUGCACAUGACAAGAAGCAAUCCAGCAGGCGGAGGAGGCAUUGCCAGUCAGAAAACAGUGGGCUAGAUGAGGAUGAGCGACAUGACCACCGGGGAGCAAAGCGAUCACGGAAGAAUAGGGACCACAAGAGGAGCUAAAGAGGAGCAUUGAAUUGGCUCUGCUUUUGUGGUAUUUGAACAAUCAGCUUUUGGGGUAUCCUUGUAUGAGAUUUUUGAGGUAACAUUGUGUCUUUACAGCAUUAUGCAUGAGUUGUAGUGUUUGCCAGAGUUUAAUGAUCAAUAUAAUGUAGGUGCUUGUAGAGCGAAUUUCUUUCCUACUGUGCUGAUUGCACACAUUAGUAUGUUGGAGGAUGCUUGUAUAGAAUCAUUGGGACCUUUGUUAGGAUUUUGACAUGUCUAGGACGACUUUCCGAAGUCUCCUAUUGAGCUAUUAACUUCAUAUUACAACAUUUCAUGCUGCAAUCCAUCUUGAUUUAGGGACUGCAAGGCAAGGCUUGCCAGUUGGUCCCUCUUGCCACAAAAAAUACUGGUCAUGCAUUCAUGCUCCCAAUAUAUGCUAUGUUUUCGUGAAAUGUUUCUCAUCUUUGCCACUUAUUAGCUAACAUGUAACAUGUUGUUUUGUUGCCUGGAUUUGCUUCAUAAUCAAUGAAUUUGGUCUCCUGGCAAAGCUACUUUCUGCUGUCGUCAUGGCAGAUUUUAGAAUGCUAGAAUUAUCUGUUCAGUGAUAUUAUUUGCAUAUUUUUGGUCUUUUAAUGUUGUGUGAUAGGUGAUACCAAGUACUGGGAAAUUAAUCAUCUCAAACAACUAGAUAUUUUUCUCCAUCUCAAGCUCAGGCUGGCAAUUAUAAUGCUAUGGAUCGCUAAAUCCUGAUGAAUGAUUGAGUGCCGAUUCAUCAUCCAGAUUGUGUUGUAUGAUAUACAUUUGAAACGAGUUAUUUUGCAUAUAUAUAUUGGUGUAUCUUGACUGCCA